AUGGAACGAUGCAAGCGGAAGCGGGCAGUGGGACCCAACGGAAGCGAUUGCCGCCGGUCAAAGAAGUCUCCGGGCAGGCCAUCGUCAGCAUUCUUCAAGAUAAUAUUAGCCUCCACUAUUCAUGAGAAGAAGCUGAGAAUCCCUGAAAAGUUUGUGAGGAAGUACAGUGAUGAACUCUCUGAUGUUGCCAUUCUCACUGUUCCCACUGGCCACGUUUCGCAUGUGGGAUUAGAGAAGGCUGACAAGAUGCUCUGGUUUUGUGAUGGUUGGCAACAAUUUAUGGAACAUCAGUCAAUCAGUCGUGGGUACUUUUUAGUCUUCGAAUAUAAAGGGAAUACGAGCUUUGAUGUUCUUAUCUUUGAUUUGACUGCCACCGAGAUCCAGUAUUCAUGCACUAUUCGCAGAAGUUCUAAAGAAAACAAUAAUGGAAAGCUAAUCGAAUUAUCUGAUGAUGAAGAAAUAGAAGAUGAUGACUCAGAUGAAAUGUCGGGGUCCACAGGUUUUGUUGGAUCUUCAUCUAAAAUUAGACUGGGACAAGACAGAAAGGGUAAAGGCGCAGCUUUGUUGGAGAGCUCGGAAACCACUCCUCGAAGUCUAACAAGAAGCAAAAGAUAUAAAAAAGAUCUGGGGCAAACAAUUAAAUUAGAGAAUUUGCAUAGAGCGUGUGGAAGAAAACCAAGCAGAAGCAAAGCGUCAAACUGGCAAGAUUCUUUGUUGGAUAAAUCCAAGAGUGUGACUAAGAAUAUUCAGAAUUUACAAGCACCGGCUCCACCAGUUCGUGAUGGGGGUUUUGAUCAGUCAAAUGAGAAUGAUCUCAAGGACAAAACAUUUAGAAUUGAUGUAGAGCAGCAGCAUCCAACAAAAAUUGCAAAUAGUUCACUUGUGGCGAUUCAAAGAAAUAAAGAUAUAACUCAUCAGACUACAAAUCGAAGAACUGUUUCUAGUAAGCUUUCAGACUACUUUUUCUCCCAGAAGUGA